AUGAUAAGCGGCACGGAGCUUACGCGGGGAUAUGGCAACGCCAUCACUCCCUGGAGGUUGCCUGAGCGUUCCGUCUCGUUUGGAAGUCCUAUCUCUGUCUUGAACACGUUUCUGAUAGCACCAUCCUCUUACCCUGGGUGCUCCAUUAUCUCCCUCUGCGAAAGUCGUCUGGCUAUUGAUGUAGCCACUGCCCCUUCACCUAGGCUAGCUCCGAGGAGCUGCUGGUGCCUUGGACAAGAUACCACAGAUCGAUACAACCGGCCAAGACCUUCAGCCCAAUCUUCUGACUUCAGCUCCAUUCGGACCACUCCCCAGUCUCGAACAUGGCUUGGUGGCGCCGUGACCCGACCUUCAGUCCCAUUCAACGUUACGCGCAACGCAUCCUACGGUCCCACGAGGCUGCUCUCCGUACCCGAUGCUUCUCUCCGUCCAUCUGGCAUGUCUAAUCUUGAGUGGCUGCAGCUACAGCAAUAUCAGCGAUGGCGAAAGAGGCUGAUGGACGACCCAUACCAGGCUAUCUUCGGUGCUAGCAACGAUAUGUUAAGUGGAAAGGGGUUCAAAGACUGGGAAUGGACCAGCAAAAGCUUUCCAAAGUGGUUGCUGAGAGAGCUGGACAUCCACGACACCACAUCGUCGCCUAAAAAUGAUAAAGAUGGCAAUCCCAACCCGAGAUAUCCGAGACGAGUUGAGGUCAAGAAUGAGAGUUCCCACGAGCACAAGGAACGAGCAUCUUACUUCCCACAACCAUCCUUCCGGGCAAGUCAACUGCUCCGUGAUGACGCGACUGGGGUUGAAUCUCCUUCAGACUUCAGGAGACCUCGAGAUCAGCCUCAUGUCAGGUCUUCCGGCCGCCUUCCAGAAGUGCCGAGCAAUCCCGAAGCAAGCGCGACCAACUCUGCAUAUCCUGCAAGUAUUUCACAGAGCUACGAUCUCCAGCAGCCUACGCCACCGAAAAGCACAGAAUUCUUCGGAGAGUACAUUACGAAGACGAAAUCCGAUGCGGCCUCAAAGAUCGAACAAUCUGCCAAGGUUACAUCGAAUACGGAAAAUUCCUCCAUGGAUCAAUUUCUGACGGAGACGCCUAGACACAAGGAUCCGUAUUUCGGUGGUGCAACUGAGAAUGGUACUUGGAGAGAAACUUCGCUACAAAGGAGAUCUUCAAAAGAUUUCGUAGCAAAGCCUGAGGUUUACACCGUGCCUCUGCAAAAAGCAGAAGACAAGCCCUCGGCACCGGAGUCAGCGACUGUGCAGAUUCAUGAGACACCCUCAGUGUCACCCACAAAAGAACACAUUACAUCCUUUCCUACAGAUUCGGGCCUUCCAAGCACGAGACGGCAUGUUCCUCAAGAACAACUUUCAACACAACAAGAGCCUGCCCCCCAAGGCACUACUUCAUCUUCCCGGUCUACGUCCAAGAUUUUGAGUCAACUGCCUGAAGAUGACUUGGACUUCUUGAGUGCAGAUCACAUACGUGCAAACAUGGCCGCGAGAAGGAGCAAAGUCCUCGGCGACGAGCUCAGAAAGGCCGAACGGGCCAAAUUAGAGAAGACUUUUGAGGAUACUCACAAGAAACACCAUGUCAUCGAUCCGAUGCUUGAGGCCAAGGUCAUCAACGAUCAAUUCGUCCGUCGAGUUGAAAGACAAAUGCAGCAGCCAGAGAAACCACUUGAGCCUCAGGAGAUUAACAAACCGCAAACAAGUACACCAAUUGGGAAAACACAUUCUGUGGAGACCGAAAGUCAAUUGGAGUCUAGUGUCGAGCGAAUGAAGUCAUGGCUUGAAGAAAGCGGCGCCAAGUUUUCCAGCUUCUUUUGGCAAGACCCUACUGAGGAGGCGGACGUGGUAAAAACACGGCAAUUCUUCGACAAGAUCUUGGCGCGUAUCCGCAAAGGCCGUACGACUAUGAAGCAAGUGAUUGAUGAUCUAGAGGCCGAAAUUCCAGCAUCUAAGCCUCUCUUGAAGCGCAUGAAAGCCGACGAGGAUCUACUGGACUCUGCUAUCAAUGCCCUUCGGCAGGGUCCAGGAACUGGCAAGAUGCAUUCCUUGACACCGAAGAAAGUCAGAGCUAUCCAAGAAUUGCGCCUUAAGUACCAGAGCACAGACAAUGAUCUUAUUAAGGCAUACGCACAGCUCGAGGAACUGGGCAAGUCGGAUGCGGCAAAGAACGUGUCUUCAGCUUUCAAACAGCGACUCAACAUUGCAUCAAAAAUCACCCAGAAAAAUGCUCACCUUACGCGUUGUUUGAUCUGGAGUCUACAGGGUCAUCUCGAGGAUGCGGAAAUUGCCCAGACUAUGCUACCAAACUACAAAGCUGUCGCAAACAGCUUGUUGACCCUUAGAGACACACAAUUGGCUUUAGCGCGAUUGCUAGAACGUGCCAUGCUCAUUUAUGGUGUAGCACCGCAUACGUGGGAAGACAUCAAAACCUCCAGUAAACAUCAGAAUGCGCAAGAUCCGCAGGAUCAUGGGCAGCCAGCCCAAGGUAAAGUACACACUGGUAUGACUGAGGUUGACAAAGCUCAGCUUCACGCUAAGGUAGCAGCUGAAGAACGUCUUGCCAACGAGGUUGAUGCACAGAAGUCCGCUAUGCGUGGGCUCUCAGACGAUGGAUACGCGCGCAUACCGAAGAUGGAACUGAAAAAGUCGUUUGAGGAGCGAGGAUCUCUUGCUCACAGCCUAUUCAGGCCUUUCGGACCCGUAUUGGAGAGCCUAGAGAAGGAGAUGCCGUCCAAAGUAGAUACAACCGAGGUCGAGGAGAAAGCGAUUCACCAACUCAACGACAAGACACCCGUUGAUGACACCCAAAAGGCAUAUGUGGAUACGCAUGGAUCAAUUGCUGUUGACCACGAGCAGACAGAGAUCCUGAUCAAGGAUAACAAGGCCGAGGAAGAUCAUGAAGUGAACAAGUUUGAUAUGCUGAAGGAUGAUCCUACAAUAGGCGAGACGUUGACCCAGGUGAACGAGCCAGACAGCUCGGAACUGGUGGCUGAGAAAGAGGUUACAUCAGUUGCUGCUCUAACCGAAACUGCUCAGGAUACCAUGACUGCUGCUCACACUCCAUCAUCUCCUGUAUCCGCUACCUUGGAUCUUAAGCCGGGCAAAGCGUCUGAUGAGACGUUUGUUGGGGUGUCGUCUCCGGUCACAUCACCUCGUUCAUCAGGGGCGGACUCACAGAUGCUUUACACGAUCCUUGUGCACGAUCCGGACACUGGCAAGCUUUCGCUCACCACCUCUACAUCGGUUGUAUCUCGUGACCUUCCUCCUGUGAUACCACUACACGAAGCGCUAUCGCAGCUCGAUCAGCCUGCGAAGUUCGUUCCACAUAUCAAAGACGGCCUCGAGAUUGUCACUGCGAAGAAGGAUAUGCUUAUACUGCGCGAUGCUCUCAACCCCACAUCGCCCACUAAGCCCUUCGCCACUGUGAACACCUCGAGCGCAAUGGAAGGCAACACUGACAAUACGGUGGAGAGAGGUAAUAUCAAUCCCAUAGAUGGGACGACCCGUCUCUCACCUACUGGCUACGUCGGACCAGAAGAGAGCCAAGAACAACUUGAGAAAGAGUUCACUGAGCGUAGGCAAGCUGCUGAGCGCGUUGUCAGCACAGAGGAAAGCAGUAACGAACAAGGACCAGCCCAACAGGAGACUAAAGGCAAGAGGAAAGGCCGCAAAGGAGCUGGUGUAGUUAAGACAGCCAUCUGGGCUGCCGCAGUAUGCUAUGUGGCCGGCGUACUUGGAGAAGUUGUUAGCUGA